AUGCCGCUGGACCCGCAAGCGCAGGCAGUAAUCGACGCAGUGAACGACCUGGGACUUCCCGCAGUGUGGGAAGUGACGCCCGAACAGGCCAGGAUCAACGCCGCCGCUCGUCCCCGCCCCGCCGGACCCGAAGUUGCCGCCGUUGAGAAUCGCAGCAUUCCCGCCCCCGAUGGCGACGUUCCAGUCCGUAUCUACACCCCGGAAGGCGAUGGCCCCUUCCCCAUCCUGGUGUGGUACCACGGCGGAGGCUGGGUGGUAGGCGACCUGGAGUCCGCUGACGCCACGUCGCGCACCUGUGCAAGGGCGCGGGUGCGUGGUGGUAUCGGUUGA